AAAAGACAGUAUUUUUUUAAAUUCAAAAAAAAAAAAAAAAAAAAAAUCAAAAGAAAAAGAAAAACUUGGCUUCGCCUUAAUGUUCUGACGAGGUAUCAUGAAUUCAUCCAAAGAGAGUGUGAAACGCAAACCGAAUCCUAUACUUUCAUCGAAUUUUCUAACGAAAUGGUUUUUUAUUUGGACACGCGGUGUUUUCAAGAAAGGCUACCAAGAAAAGUUGGGACCAGAUGAUAUCUACGACCAUGUACCUUAUUUAGAUAGCAAGCUAUUAACAAGCUCACUCGUUAAAUACUGGGAAGAGGAGGUGCGUCGAAAGAAGCCCAGUCUCUUGCAUAUGAUCUUCAGAGCAUACGGCUGGCGUUUCGUGCCGAUGUGCAUCGUGUAUUCGUUAUUGGAGAUCACAUUGCACACCUUCCAGCCCCUCUUUCUCGGCGAACUCGUUGCCUACUUCGCUGAGGGUCAAACUGACAUUACCAAGAAGCAAGCCUAUCUCUCCGCCACCGGUAUUGUGCUAUGCGCACUCAUCGCCUCAUUAUGCUUUCAUCCGUUUAUGUUCUAUCUCUUCAAAACCGGCACAGCCAUACGAGUCGCUUGUGGUGGUCUAAUUUAUCGUAAAUGUCUGCGUUCUUCGUUGACCGCGGACAAUGGCGGUAUGAGCGGUUUUGCGAUAUCAGUGCUUUCCACAGAUCUGCCGCAGUUUGAUACGACUUUUUACUUCUUUCACGAUCUAUGGAAGGGACCGUGCGAGGCGAUUGUUUUCGGUUAUAUAAUGUACAGGGAGAUCGGCUGGCCGGCUAUUGUGGGUAUUGCGGCGAUUGCGAUAUUCAUACCGUUACAAGCCUGGGCAGCAAAGGCGGCCGCUAAGUAUCGGCAUCGUUUCGCUGAGUUCGGUGAUGAUCGCGUGAAAUUGAUGAACGAGAUAAUCACGGCGAUCCAGGUGAUCAAGAUGUAUGCAUGGGAGAAGUCCUUCGCAAAGCUGAUAGCAAACACGCGAAAAAAGGAAAUACGCGCCAUAAAGGGUUCGAUGAAUAUUUAUGCGGGCAUGCAAUGCACGAACAUGAUCUCGAAGUUUGCGCUUUUUGUCAGUCUGGUGGCUUACGUAUACACCGGCGAUUUCAUCUCGGCGCGUAAGGUUUUCAUAAUUUCUUCGUAUUACGAUGCACUCAACGACUCGCUGCUGCACUUCUGGCCGCUCUCUGUUACCACCUGGGCGGAGACCUUUGUGUGUGCGCGUCGCAUAGUCAAAUUCUUAAUGCAAAAUGAAAAUCCUGCUGAUGGUGGCGUUGAAAACUUUGGCGCCGUUGUGGAUAAGGAAGAAAAAGGUGACUUCUCGGGACGUAUACAUAACCCACGCGCAAUUGAAAAGUCUGUAUUGGCACACAAUCUAACCGUCAGUUGGGACUCGCCGAAACUUGAGAAACGUAAGCAUCACAUUUCCGACAUCAGUUUCAACAUACGUCCAGGGCAAUUCGUCGGUAUUGUUGGCAAUGUUGGCGCAGGAAAGACCACACUGCUGAAUGCCAUAAUCGGUGAGCUGGAGAUCAUCAAAGGCAAUGUCGAAAUAAAUGGACGCAUCAGUUACGCGCCACAAGCGGCGUGGAUCUUCGAAGCUAGCAUACGCGACAACAUCUGCUUCGUUGAACCUUACGACGCACAGCGUUACAAGGAUGUCAUACAUGCCUGCGAACUCGAGCGCGACCUGCAGCUACUACCCUAUGGCGAUUCCACGAUAGUCGGCGAACGUGGUAUUAGUCUGAGUGGCGGUCAGAAGGCGCGUAUUAGCUUGGCUCGCGCUGUCUACCGCCAAGCCGAUAUCUACGUAUUCGACGAUCCGCUCUCCGCGGUCGAUGCACAGGUAGCUAAACGUCUAUUGCGCAAUUGCUUCCAACAAUACUUGAGUACCAAAAUACGUUUAAUGGUUACACAUCGUGUGCAUAACCUCAAAGAGGCCGAUUGGGUUAUACUAAUGGAAGCGGGUGUUAUCGAAGUGCAAGGUACCUAUGAAGUGCUUGAGCAGAAAAUCAGCAAGCGCUUAAGCUUAACGCAAGAACAAGUGAAUAACCGUCCCAAGUUAUUGCAUGCCGAGAGCAUGUUGGUGAAGCCGACGGAGGAAAAACAUGAGAGCGUCCAAUUACCUAACGACACAGGUUCGGAACGCAAGGAACAACAAAUGAAAGGUUCGGUGCGGUUUCACACAUAUAUGGCGUACUUCCAUGCACUCCGCAUGCCUUGGCUAAUAGUUGUGAUAUUUAUGUUGUUCAUCUCAGCGCGGGCUUGUCAAGCCGGCAUGGAUGUAUUCAUAGCGAGAUGGGCCACCUGGGAGGAAUCUCAACCGCAGCUGUACGAAUCAAAUGAAGAGUUCACUUCGAAGCGCAUGGAAAUCGUAAUCAUCUAUACGAUACUCAUGUUGGCAACACUUUUGCUAUACGUGGUACGCACCUUCGGUUUCUUUUACAUUUGUCUGGCGAUAUCAUUACGCCUGCACGAUUAUCUUUUCAACGGUAUUAUACGAGCGCGCAUGCGUUUCUUCAACACAAAUGCCUCCGGCCGCAUACUCAAUCGCUUCUCGAGUGAUAUUAGUAACAUUGAUAUAGCACUGCCGCAGGCCAUGCUGGACUCGUACUCGUUUUAUAUAAACACCAUUGCGGUUUUGUCGAUCGUGGCCUUCGCCAAUUAUUGGCUGCUAGUGCCAGCGUUCGUAGUGAUCGCGCUGCUAUUCCUCUGUCGAGCACUCUACAUCAACGCAAGUCGCAGUCUCAAACGCAUUGAGAGCUUGACACGCAGUCCCAUAUAUUCGCACACAAAUCAGACCUUCCAAGGUCUCACUACAAUACGCGCACUCAAUGCCACCAACAAUUUGGAUAAGGAGUACCACAACCAUCAGAACACCAACACUUCAGCAUUAUUUCUCUAUGUCAGCGUUAAUCGCGCUUUCGCCUUUUGGACCGAUCUCAUUUGCGUGCUUUAUAUACUCGCGGUUACUUUCAGCUUUUUGGUAAUCAAUAGCGACUUCUACAGCGGUGACGUCGGUCUCGCAAUUACCCAGUCCAUGACACUGAUAAUCAUGUGUCAGUGGGGUAUGCGUCAGACUGCCGAAAUGGAGAAUAAUAUGACGAGCGUAGAGCGUGUGAUCGAGUAUGCUGAGCUACCGCCAGAACCCGCUUUGAAGACCGAUACGAAAGUCAUAGUCUUGCCUGAAACAUGGCCGAGCAGUGGUGCAAUACAGUUUAAGGAUCUUUACUUGCGCUACACGGAGCAAAGCGAGCCAGUACUUAAGGGCUUGAACUUCUCCAUCAAUUCGAAGGAAAAGAUCGGCAUUGUGGGUCGCACCGGCGCUGGUAAAUCCUCCAUUAUACAAGCUAUCUUUCGCUUAGCGCUGAAUGAAGGCGUUAUAACUAUUGAUGGUGUUGACAUCGGCGUCUUGGGUUUGCACGAUUUGCGCAGUCGUGUGUCGAUUAUACCGCAAGAUCCGGUGCUCUUCUCCGGCACACUGCGUUACAAUCUCGAUCCGCUGGAGGAGAAGGCGGAUGCAGAGUUAUGGCGCGCUUUGGAAGACGUCAAACUGAAGGAUUAUGUGUCAACUUUGGAGGGUGGCUUAAAUUGUCGGCUGCAUGAUGGUGGUACGAACUUUAGUAUGGGUCAAAGGCAGCUGGUCUGCAUGGCGAGAGCCAUACUGAGGCAUAACAAAUUGCUGAUCAUGGACGAAGCGACAGCCAAUGUGGAUCCAGAAACUGAUAUGCUCAUCCAGGAGACUAUUCACACAAAUUUCGAACAUUGUACGGUCCUAACUAUUGCUCAUCGCCUUAAUACCGUUAUGGAUAAUGAUAAAGUGAUGGUUAUUGAUGCCGGUCACCUGGUCGAAUUCGGUCAUCCAUAUGAUUUAUUACGAGAUACAAAUGGUUUUCUCUACAAACUAGUGCAGAAUACCGGUAGACUUUCGGCGGAAAUUCUGCAUCGUGUGGCGGAGAAAAGCUAUAUAAAGCGUGUGGGUAAAAGCGAGUGAACGUAACUAGAGUGAUAGGGGGUUUUUAAAGCGUCUAAGCUUUACGACGGUAAAAAGCUUACGAAGCUUUGAAUUUAUUUUAACUUUUUAUUAUUUAUGCAAUAAUAUUCGUAUUCGGUAUUAAGCGGAAAAACUUAGAUUUAAGAAUUGCGAAUUUUUGUAAUUGAAUUUCUACAAAGAAAAAAAUAAAAUACGACUUUCGAGUA